UUGACUACUGUCAACAAGCGGCGAAGCGAAGCCAUCCCAACAACCGUCAGUGCUUGCACCGCAGCUGUACUCUGCUGUCACGGUGUCCAAAAUUAAAGCCUAAAUUAAUGAAAUACAGCGCAGUUUAACUUUAGCUUCGGCUAUUUCGUAGCAGAAACUUGAGCGGGAUUAUGACGUUUUAAACGAAGCUUAAUGGUUGAGUCUUACCUUCCGAGGAGAGGAUUAUCAUCUCCUGAGCAACUGGAAACUGACAGUUGUGUUGGCUGUUAGCGACUUGUUCUGUUUAUCUGCGGCAGACGGCUCUACAUGACGAGUCAUGGCUCGUAGGAGUUCUCGCCUGGUGUCUGGUGGCUACUACCAUUCAGAUGAGGAAUCCGACUCCAGCAGUGUGACCAACAUAUCCUACAGAGAAAACCCUGUCAAGGUUUUCAAGAAGAAGUCCGGAGGUCGGAGGUCGGCUUCCCGCACCAGCAGCAACGGCAGUUCUGCCAGCCCAGAAACUCCGGUCCCUGAGCCAGGUCUGACGGCAAGGAGCGCUCCCACCCUGUCGCCCCUGAGGAGCGUCACCUUCGCCCCCACGGCGCCGACCCCUCGGCCGGCUCUGACUCCGUCGUCUCCUCAGAACCACACGUCCAAGCAAUGCCACUCGAUGACCCCGGAGAGGAGCCCUUCUCCUGGCCACUGCGACGCCGGCCUGCCGCCCCUACAGCACGAAUCCAAAAGCAAGGAGCAGAGUCAAAGUGGCGCCGACAGCUCAGGGUACUCGUCCGCAGAGGGCCCCUACAGGAAGCCUUCACCUGCCACCAGCACAACCAGAACCCCACCCGGCAGUAGCGGUGCAGCUCCCAGUCCAGGAUACAGAAGCAGGAUCAAUGAUGCCUUUUCUAAUCUAAUGAAUUCAGCCUCAGUGAUGGCUGCUCAUGCACACAGAAAAGUGCUUCAUGUCACAUCUUCAGCUAACAAUUCAGUCAGGGAGCGGACGAAGAAGGCUCUCCUGCUGGCUCUCCUGCUCCUCAUCAUACUUAUGUGUAUUUGGUUGCUCCUUCCUUUGUUCACCUCUUUCGUCGUUCGCACACAACCCGGGAUUCGACCCAGCACCAUCCCCAUACCUGUGGUGGAUUCAGACGUCGUUUCUGCUGCUGUACAAGUAAAGAUGCAAGAUUUCCUGGUGGAGCUUCAGCGGAAACAGGAACAGCUUCUCUGCCAGCUGAAGGAGAAACAUCAGCUGGACGUGGAUUUCUUGAAGGAGAAGAUCGAGGCAGCGGACUCUGACAUCCGCCGCCAUCUGGAGCAGGAGGUUUCUGGUCUGGGGAAGCAGAUGGAAGAUCAUCAGAUGGACAGCCGCUCCGCUGCCGCCAGCCUCAGCCUCAAGAUCCAAACUCUGGAGACCCAGAACGCCAAGUUGUCCCAGGAGCUGUCCUCCAUGCAGGUGACGCCAGCUCCAGACUCCGUCCACAACCAGCUCACACCAGAGCUCCAGCUAGCCAUGGAGAAGUGGCUCACUGAUCGCAUCCAGGAACAGGAAGCGAACAGGCUGGAGGUCAAAGUGGACUGCAAGGAGUGUAGACGUCCAGAGGCGGACAAAAUGCCUGACUUUGCUCUUGAGACUCAAGGUGCCAGCAUCGUCAGCACACGGUGUUCAGAGACGUAUCGCAUUCGCUCGGCGUGCAUCACUCUCUUUGGUUUCCCUCUCUGGUAUCCGUCUGAGAGCCCGCGCACCGUCAUCCAGGGUUACCCGGUGCUGCUCCCUGGGAAAUGCUGGGCGUUCCACGGCGUCCAAGGCACCCUGGUCGUCUCUCUGUCUCACCCCAUCAGGAUAAGUCAUGUGACUCUGGACCACCUGCCUCGCUACAACUCCCCCACCGGCCACAUCGACUCGGCACCAAAAGACUUUGAAGUCUACGGAUUGAAAAAUGACACAGAAGAAGGAGCGCUGCUCGGGGCGUUUUUUUAUGAUGAAGACGGAGCGUCAACUCAGACGUUUAAACUGCCUAACCCCAGUGACGAGGUGUAUCGGUUCGUGGAGCUGCGAGUUCUCUCCAACUGGGGUCACGUCGAAUACACGUGUCUUUACCGGUUCCGUGUCCACGGAAUGCUCGCCUACGUUUGAGAAUCCCUUUGCAUCACGUGUUUAAAGACAUGAAAGUUCUCCCUUGUUGUCCAAUGAGUAAAGGACUCAUUUCUACUGAAAAGGUGUUGAGUAAUGUUACUCCUGUUCCAGCUGUCUGUAAAGCAGCAGGGUUUUUUUGCAGUGUUUUUUUUUUUUUUUGGUAAUAUUAAAGUUAGAGGAGCUCUUUGUGCAGCGCACAGUUAGCUUAGCGGACAGAAGAAUGAAGUUUGCCCAAACGUCUGCCUGGUGAAACCUUUUGGUAGCAUGAGGUUCUGGUAACUUUCUGCUUACAAUCAUGAGCGUGCCACUAGGUAAUUUUUAAUAUUUUGCUAUUGAUUAUUUCUAUUUAUGAGUAUUUUCCUGCUUCAUGGUUCAGUGUGCUAGCGUACGCCAGAAUUUUCUUCUAAUUAAGUUGAUAAGUGGUGUUUUUUUUUUGUUGUUUUGCUAGUUUUUGAUUAUUAAACAACUGAGCAAGGCUGAAUUAAUAAAUAAUAUUGUGGCACAAAUAAGAUGUCAAAACUAAAAGAAAAAAUGCAUAUUGUGACUAACAGGUUCUGUCCGUGUUGGACGCCUUUUUGAAAUUAAUUUUUUAUUUUUGUCUCACCGCCCUGCUCUAUCACAUUUUGAGUAAGAAUCAUGGCAGGCAGCAGGGGAGCAUAUUUAAUCAGUAUUGUUUCUUAUUGAGGUCAAUUCUGGAAAAAAGAAAAAAGUAAAAUAUGCAGUUUUGUGUGAUUAUAUUUUGCACUCUUUUAGGAGACUCUAGUGUGCUUAUUUACUUUCUGGUACUUGAAAUACUUGAACAUCUUUUUUAAUAGACGCCAUGCUAAUCGCAUGAAAUAUCUCUUUCCAUUUCCUUGUACUGAGGAGUUUAUAGGAACUUUUCAAGCUAAAAUGCUUCCUUAUUCGUUAGACAAAAAUAUAAUUUAUAAAUUUAUAUUAUCUGCUUUGACUACAACUGCAUUCUUAAGUCGUUAAAAAUUCUCCGAAACAAAUCCAAAUUUUAAUUAAUUGGCAGAACUGCCAGUACCUUUUGUUUUGCAUGUCAUAUAGCAUAUUUAGACAUGAGUCAGAAGAGAUCUGCAUUAGAUAUGAUGGAAAAUAAUUUAUUCCUACCCACCUUUUCAAAUCUAGACAAAAAAUAAACUCAGGAUCUGUUUCUCCUCAGAGAUCGUAGCACAGGUUUGAGAUUGCUUCAAAGCUUAAGGUGAUUUGUAUUUAUUUUUAUACAUGUCUGACUCGUUACCACCCAUUUUUGAAAGCUACUGCACAAAUAGAAUCAAAUAGGGCGGCGGGUAAAGUCUAACCGAAGUGUUACUUUUUAAAACAGAUAGCCAAUUUUGUGUCUUUCAUCCUCAUAUUAAAGAGCAAAGAACUGAAGUAAAGAAACUCUUUGCUUAAUCGCCCUUUUUAUUUUUUUAUCAGUUAAGUAAACUGAUUAUCCCUGAAUAUGCUUUACUAAAAAAUGAAUGUCUUACAUCUUUACAACAUAAUACUUGCGUUUAUGUUGUAAAUGUUUUAUUGUUUUUUUUAUUUUUACGGUACGUUGAGUUCUUUUACUGGCCUUCCUGUCUCGACAACUCAACAUAUGUAACUCUUCCUAAGCUUUUGCAUAAAUAAAUCUGUGUGAGAAAGUUGGGGGGGUGGAAACGCAUCAUAUUUUUGAUUUUUUUUUUUCUGUUCUCCUUCAUAAAAACAAAGCAGAAAAAUUACCCAGCUGCUUCAAUUUUGAAAUGCAGACUCCGUUAAACUAGAACAUUUGAUAAGGUUGUUGUUUAAUAAAGGAUUAUAACAUC